GGAUACAGCAAAUUCACAAAACAAAUUCGUCCCUCAGUCUCUCUUUCAGCGGAGACUGUGCUACAUCUUGACGAAACUAGCAUUUACGAAUUGUUUGGCUCGCAAAAAGGCAUGUAUGAAUUCGUCUCGGAAAACGGCCAUCCAAUCCAAUCCCUGGUGGAAGCGCGGAAGUAUCCCAUUGGUGUCAUUGCAUCCAUAUUUGAUUUGGGACAGAUCCAUAAGAUAUGCAAAGGCUAUGGAUUGGCAUGGACACUUGCAAGGAGCACGGAUAAACCACCAAUGCUACACGACAAACGUCAUGAACAUCGACUCCUUGAGCGAAACAAUCGAUAGCCUGCAAAAACGUCAAAAGCAGAUCGUGACAACCAGAGGAAAGGUCCAAAAGGAGAUGAGGAUUUUGAAGGACCAAUUUUAUCAUAACCGUUCUGAUGAAAAUUAUGCAAGGUGGCAAGACAAGAAGGCUGCGGUUCGUAGGGAGAAUUAUGUUCUUCUGGAAUGCAGGAAAACUUUAAGCAAGACAAAGAACAAGCGUUAUCUAUUGCAACGCCAGCAAAACCCCACCGAGGGAAAUAAACGUGAUACCGUGCCUUCAGUAGCCUUUCCUCAACGCAUGGAUGAAGCGGAACGAAUGGAUAUCAGCCAGUUACAGCAUGCCGUAACUUUUUCCGGGACGGAUUACGGAAUUCAAACAAUGUCGGGACCGUGCCUUUGACCAUACAGACCAUCAGCAGGCACUUGCAGUUAUACAACAGGUACGCUUGUCUUGAAACUUGCGCUGAUGUCGAAGCAGGAGACGUUCUUACCGAUUCUGAGCUGUUCCUUCCGAAACCGGUUAAAAUCUGUGCCAAGAACAUCGCAGAAAUCUCAUUUGCAAGAAGAUACAGAGGAAGACGUGAAAAAUUAAAAAGAGUAUUGUUUUAUUCACAUCUGGAGAAUGGCUG